UGUGCGCAGCGCCAGCAGACCGCUCUGGUAGGGGUACGGAGGUAACGUCAAGGAUUUUGCGCUCACUAACAAUGUGAGAAACUAAACACUUUUGUAAACAAAUCCCAGCUGGACUUCAGUGGAUUUUUCACUUCGCUUCGUUGUUACCGUUUCUGUUUUGGACAAAGUGAAUCGUCAGACAGAUCAUGGCAAAGGUUUUCAGUGAGCGCCUCUCCUUGAAGCGCAGAAUACGCACGGCCGUUUUGGCACUCCUGCUUUGCGCGCAGGCCGGGUUUGGCUUCUCUGUCGCCGGACAGCAGGAGAGCACCUGCGAGGCCAACGGCAGCAUAUACUACGUCGGGGAAUGGUAUUUUCUGGACUCUGAUCACUGCACCCAGUGUGAGUGCACUGCUGAGGGCUCUGCAUGUGCCCGCACCGAGUGCACCUCUCUCCCGGCUGCAUGCAUCCAUGUCAGCCACUACCCCACCGACUGCUGCCCCAGGUGCGAGAAGAUCGGGUGUGAGUACCGCGGAGUGGUGUACGAGCUGGGGCAGAACUUUCAGCCAUCCGAAUGUGAGCAGUGCACUUGUGACAGUGAUGGCAUCGCCCGCUGUCUAGUUGCAGAUUGUGCCCCUCCACCAUGUGUCAACCCUGUCUACGAGCCAGGAAAAUGCUGCCCUGAAUGCAAGGAGGGUCCUAACUGCUACGUUGACGCCUCCCGCAGUCAGGUGAUUCCCGCAGGAGAGCCCGUCUGGGUCGACUCCUGCACCAAGUGUCGCUGUCACGUUGGCCAGGAUGCCGGCUACUGGGAGGGGAACCGCCUCGCUACCUGUUCCCGCCUGAAAAACUGUACACCUGAACAACCGUCCACCCAGCAAAACUAACUCACUCCGCAGAAGAGCACCUUCCAUGUCUUCUAUGAGAACAUGCUGAACCCUUCUCUGCAGCUGAAAACGUCAGUCUAAAUGCCAGACUUCACGCAUCAUCUGCAACUACAAACAUUUUCGGGAACAGCACCUUAAGACUUUAAGCUCAGCUGCCAAUCUACAAGGAUAAUCCAUCCAACAUUUUUUUUUAACACUGAUAAGGCCCACUGGAUUUGUCACUUUGGUGGACAAUGCUGUACCAUCAUCUUGCUUUUCUGAUCUGCAUUUCACAAACAGGGCUGAAAUUCAAGGCUGGAAAUCAAAUCCCCAGGUUCACUGCAUGUCAGUGGGUUCUGGAAAUUUGAUUUAUUGCAAAUUUGCAAAACUAAACUGCAAUAUCAACAAAGGCAGCUUCAGUAUUCUAAUCUAAAGUCAUGUUCCUAUUGUGUUGUUGUUAUUUUACCUCAUUUUGUUCUCCCAUGGUGCAUAUUCCUAAAUAAGUUUGCAUUUAAUUAGUUAAUUUAAUUACCACAAACUAACUGACAAGCAGAAACCUCAGGGCCAGCAUCGAAGUAUUGGUUGGUACAUUCAUGGAGGGUGGUUGGUGGAGGAUCAAUAGGGGCCCAACAGCAAACUGUUUCACCCCAUGGCCCCCUAACAAGUUCAUCCUGCCAUGACAAAGUUAUGUAAAGGAGAGCAUAUAAAACUUCAUCUUGCUAGCUAAGAAGAUGAAUUGCAGUUCUUGAAAACCAAUGUGAACAGUGACAUUAGAUGCAGGAAAACAGGACUAAAGCUGCAGUAUCUUCAUUUAAAAAAAAAAAAUGGUGCAGAGUUGUAAAAAAAAGACGUUCGAUUUACUGAGAUCUCAAAUACCAACAACCCAUAUGCCUAACAAUUCUACUUCUACAGAAAAAUCCAUAAUUAAACAAAUCUGAUGGAAACUAGAAAUAAAACUUUAUUGUUGAAAGGCGACCGUAUUCCAGAUAUUUGCCUUUUUAUAUUUUAUCUGCCUGUAGAUAGUUAAAUGGAAAAGGCUGGCUGCAGUAGAUCGAUAUGUUUAUAGAUUUUAGAGAGUAGUGGGCUUUUACUCAGCUUAAAAACCCAGAAUAUGUGUUUUUUUUUUUAAAUUUCCAGACACCUGCUUCGGUGAAACAACUAGCCAUAUAACAAAGCCAAUGAGAUUAUUGGAUGAUAAGGAAUUGUAAUUGACCUGUCACGGGUUGAUGCAGCACCAAAAUUUAUGCACAGCUGUGAUGCAAUUUAGACUAGGAAAUGGCUUAGCAAAGCAAUAAACCAUUUGUAACUGUUCUAUAGAUUUUACAGUUCAAUUUCUAUGCUAAUUGAAAUAUAAUGAAUGAGACUAUUGCCUAACAUAUGACUGUACAGUAGUUGUAGAUAUGGGCAAUAUUUAUAAAACAGGGUUUCAUUUAAUGGACGGCUAUUUGUGCAUGUACACUGUAGAGCAGGAAAAACAAUAUGUAAUUUACUGCUUUAUUAAUUUUGCACAAGAAGAUAAGUGUAGCUUUUCAUAGAAAUAUGCUUCCCUGUUAUUUCCAUUGUCAAAGUGUAAAGUUACCAUUUACUGUGUUUGGAAUCAAAGUGUAUGAUGAAAUGUAGCAUGAAGAAUACUUUCAUUUCAUAUUUGUUUAUAUGCAGCAGAUCAUUCUACAAUAAUUUGUCAUAAUCUAUCACUUUAAUCAUGAGGGACCUUUGAAUGAAUACCAAAAAUAAUCUUGUUAUAUGUUUAUGUGCAGUGUUGGAGCCAUUUUGGCAUUUACUUUACAUUUAAGAAACCCAAGCUGCUUCUUCAUGACGUAUACAACUGGUUUCACAGGCUUAGAUCGGCCUGAAAAGCAGAUCUAAGGCUUUUUUUUUCACACAAGGUUUGGGAAUAAGUGUAAGCUUUUAGGGUUAUGAACACCUUUUAAAUCAUAUUUUGUCGGAAGACUUCAUGAACGAAGACACUGAGUCCAAACAGUGUAAGAAUGGGAGUGGGCAAGAUCUGAGAGCUGUUCCUCCAUAGCUAUCAUGUUAAUUCAUUAAUUAUCAGAGAGAACCAUGGUUAAAGGAACAGUUUGACAUCUUGGAAAAUAUGCUUAUCUGCUUUCUUGCCGAGGGUUAGACGAGAAGAUCAACACCACUUAGCUUUAUGCUAAGCUAAAGGGCUCUAGUUACAUAUCAUCUAACUGUCAGUUAGUGAAGAAGUUUAUUUCUCAUGAUGUCGGAACUUUUCCUUCUUCCUUUGCAGUUUCAAUUUACUGCCUGAAACCAAAGGGAACUGAUAUGAAUCACACCCCCAAAUCAUGUAGUGUGUCAUGCUGGUAAUGUACUUGCUCCCAAAAACAUCUUGUAAAACGUUACAAAUUAAAAC